GUCUCCGUCAUAAUACUUGUGUCUCUGCUAUCACAAUUUCCUCAGUAGAUUCCUUUUAUUAAAUAAAUCCUCAGCUGUCAUACGGAUCAUUUCUUUUUCUAUUGCCCCCAUUUAGGAACUUAAGGCAGAGGCACCUGAGCAGCCGGACACCUCCAGGAUAGAGGUGGUUUCAGUGACUGAGGAAGACCUCCCCACUGUUGAGACCCCCAACACACUGAACGUCAGCCCCCUGGGCACCUUUGCUACUUACCCCCAAUUGGAAAACGAAUCUGCCAAACCCGAAGAGCCCCGACCUCUGGCUGCAUCCAGCCCGACCAUGCCAGUCACCAAGGUGCAGCCAUUUAUGCACGAGGAUGACUUGGAGAACAGCUGGAAGAACAGAGUGCUGGCCCACCGCUUGGAGCUGCUGAUCGCUUCGUGCCUCAUCGUGGUGGUCACUCUCGUCCUCGGCAUCGGCCUCGGAGUGGGUUUAAGCUGUGCGGGUCAGUUUCGUUGUGGCUCAUCACCUAAAUGCAUCAGGCCCUCGUCUCAGUGUGACGGAGAGGUGCACUGUGACAACGGAGAGGAUGAGCUAGGCUGUGUACGUCUGAGUGGGAGGAGCUCGGUCCUGCAGGUCCAGAGAGGGGGGGUAUGGAGGACGGUGUGCUCAGAGGGCUGGAACAACUGGCUGGGGCUCUCUGCCUGCAAGCAACUGGGAUACUCCAGGUACACAGAAUCAUUCUUCGUCUCUCUGACCUCCGUUGAGCAGGACCUUCAGGCCAACCUGGUGUCCAUCAACCUGAACCAGGCACAGGUCAUUAAGCUCCAGAACGCCACAGCCUUCAGUAAGACUGAGUGCAGCUCAGGGAAGGUGACCACUCUGAAAUGUCUGGAGUGCGGCUCCAGGCCCCAGUACCACACUCGCAUCGUUGGAGGAAACAUCUCCAAGCCGGGUCAGUUCCCCUGGCAGGUCAGCCUCCGUUUCAACAGUGAACACCUGUGCGGAGGCUCCAUCAUAACGUCACGCUGGGUCCUCACUGCUGCACACUGUGUGUAUGGGUUUGCAUUCCCCUCCAUGUGGGCGGUGCUGGUGGGGCUGACGGAGCAGCCGGUCCACGGGGCUCAGUCUCUGGCCGUGGAGCAGAUCGUAUACCACGCUCGCUACAGGCCCAACAAACUGGACUACGACAUCGCACUGAUGAAACUGGCCACGCCGCUUGCUUUCAAUGGCUUCGUCGAGCCCAUCUGCCUGCCAAACUAUGGGGAGGAGUUUGAGGAGGGCACCGUGUGCUGGAUCUCUGGAUGGGGAGCAACUGAGGAUGAAGGAGAGACCAGUGUGGUUCUGCGCUCGGCCAGGGUGCCGCUCAUCUCCACUAAGACCUGCAACCAGCCAGACGUUUACCAGGGCUUCAUCUCCUCCUGGAUGAUCUGCGCAGGAUACCUGGAGGGAGGAACUGACUCCUGUCAGGGGGACAGUGGAGGUCCUCUGGCCUAUGAGGACUCGUCUGUGUGGAAGCUGGUGGGUGCGACCAGCUGGGGGAACGGCUGUGCUUUGAGGAACAAGCCGGGCGUUUACACUCGCAUUACACAGGCGCUCAGCUGGAUCCGCCAACAGAUGGAGAGAGAAGAGGCUCACAAUUCUCCAACUCUGAGCACAGACAACUGAAGCGCUUAAGUUACUUCUCACAGGAUUCUGUUUGAAAGUUUCCACAUUUGACGACAACAACAAAAAGUUAUAGAAAUAAACCAUCACACCAGAAUGGCAGAGCCUUUGAUCUACACAAAUCCUGACGGAGCAAAGACGCAGGCACAGCAGAGAGUUAGGCAUCGUUUAUUCCAAAAUAGAAAGCUCUAAGGCAAAACAGACCGCUUCAUAAAAAGCAAGACAGACGCAAGUGAGGAACCAAGAUGUCAGCGAGGACGACCCCC